CGAAGCGUUUUGAAACACCUCCUCGAAGAAUGCGGGGAUAUCGCGGACAGCAAAGGCUCUCGUACGGAGCGGUUGACCGUUACAAUAGCUCAGAAUCCAUCCGAGUUCCCGAAUACAUGGUGGAAUCUAGACCCACGUCUGUUGAGAGCCUGACGGAGGUGACAGAUGCUGCGAAUAGCUCUGCGCCUACGAGUUCCGCUAACAGCAGCGUAUCGAAUAUCUCGAUGGAGCCGAUUACGCUAGCAAACUCGCUUAACAACGCCAGAGCGCUCUUCAAAAAGAAGUCCUUAGUGCAACUCAUCAACAGUUACAUCAAAGCAGGUAUCGAGGAAGGGAAGCGACAGGCGAAGAAGUACAUCCGCAAAGCGCUGUCGUUCGGCGUGAGAUCGGGUUACCUGACCCCGGCCGAUGCGCGAGGUAACGUGCUGCGCGUAUGUCCAACCUUGGUGAGUUCCAGGACCAGCGACGUGGAGUCCCGACGGAAACGACGCAUCGCCCGACGUGGUGAUACGCGUCUAAUGACGAUCGACGAUCGCAAAGCGAUGCGUCGGGGAGUCCCGAAGAGCAAGGCGUCGCGACACGACGUCCGCGCGGAGGACGCGACGAGCAGAAAAAGAUACAGGAGGCACCCUACCGAGAGUCCUGUCAGGAGCUUCAGCGCGAAAAACGACGGUCUGAGAAAAUCGCCUGAGUCAAGACGGCGUGAGAAAAACAAGUCGAGAAGUAGUGGCGCACGGAAUAAUAGCAAAAUCGACGAAAGGGCCGACGAUAAGCGAGAGCAACAGCGAAAACGGGGUGACAACGGAAAAGUGAAAAAGCCAGUCAAACGACGUCGCACGGCUUUGUCACCGAAACGCGUUGAGGAUGAUCACGUGCCAGUCGUGGAGAAUUACGUGAACGCAAGUGACCGAGAUCGAUACAAAAGCAACGAAGAUAAUUACAGAGCCGUAAACGAUAGACGGAAACCGAGCCGGGAACGUGAAUCGAGGGUGGAGGGACAAAAGAUUAGCAUGAGUGUCGACGACAAUCGCGAUGUCGAGCGUAAGGACGACAGCGACAACGACGACAAGUCCGAAGAAGCGAGUAUCGAGCGUGAUGCAAACGGCACCACCGGAGAAACGGAUGUCUAAGAAGUUAAUCGCUUACUCGAAUUGCUCUACCGAGAUAUAUUCCUCGGAAGAACGAGAGUCUUCUCCUUUUUGUACUAUCUUAUUCAUUCAUUUGUAGAAUUUUAUUUGUUGCAUAUAUUUUUUGCAUUUAUUUUUGGUAUUACACUUUUGUAUCGUAAACACGUAAACGUAACGCGUAAUCCUUUCCAUCGUGCGUUUACGUUAAUGUUGAGAAGAGAGAUAGAUUGUUGAAUAAAUAUGUGUGAUUUUUAUGAGAAUUCUGUGUAAUCUUAUUCUUAGAAAUUUUUUGUCAGUAGCAAGUUGAAUAAAAUAUGAGAGGAUACGGUGAUUUCUCAUGCAGUGCUUGCGCGAUAAAUACAAUAAAUAAAUAAAGAGCUACGUAGAGGAAAAUAAAUUGAUGUGAAAAUGUAAAGCAUUAGUUGUGGACAAAUAGAUAUUGCUAAAAAAAAGAUCUCUCUGGCAUUUAACAUGGAGAUUUUUCAGCUUUCAUUUUACUCGCAUUAACAACGCAGA